AUGAACAACUUACUAGGCAGGUGUAACUCCCCCAGCAGUGCAUUUACCAAGCAGGAGUUCCUGGAGAAAUUCACAAAAUAUGAUGAUGGAUUUGAGGAUGGAUCGCAGCUCCCAGACUUGUUCUUGAAGUGCGGAAUGGGCAUUUCUUUGCUGAGAAAUAUUAUUAUCAAGGCAGAGGAGACACUCUAUAGUGAGUAUGGGGGAAAGACUUUACUACAGCAGCUUUCCACAUCAAUAACAGACAAAUAUCCGCCCAAUUAUGGUGUAAUUAUGCUUUGGGCUUCCCUAGCAAAUGCUAUACCAAUAAAAUUUUGGGCCAUUGCUUUUAUUUUGUCCAAUCCCAUAGCAUAUAAAUUUGAUAUGGAUCAGAUCAGCAAAGUAAAACUCAUUUAGCAAAGUAAACUUAAGACAAAGGUGACCCUAGAUGACUUACAGCAGAUCCCAUAUGUAAAGUGGUGUACCAUGGAAGCCAUUCAGACGAGGGCCCGAGCAAUUACUCAUAAAGUAGUGCGACCCCUCAAAUUACAGAAUAAACUUAUUCCAUCAGGAGACAUGUUAAUGUUGUAUCCUUAUUGUGCUCACCGAAACCUUAAGCUUUUCCCAGACCCAGCAGAUUUCAAACCUGAACGAUGGGAAAAGGCAGAUUUAGAAAAGAAUGUCUUCUUGGAAGGUUUUGUGGCAUUUGGAGGGGGAAAAAAAUCAGUGCCCAGGAAGUGGUAUGCCAUAAUGGAAUUGCAUAUGUUUGUGGCCCUGAUCCUAUACAAGUUUGAAUUUACCUUGUUGGAUGCAGUACCUAAACCAUAUUUACCCAACAACCACCCAAUCUAA